CACUCGGCCCCACAGCCACAGCCCCUGCCUGCCGCAGCCCCCACAGAGCCCACCGCGCACCCCACGCCCCCCACGCCAGCGCCCAGCCAUGGAGGCCAUCAAGAAGAAAAUGCAGAUGCUGAAGCUGGACAAGGAGAAUGCCAUCGAUCGCGCGGAGCAGGCGGAGGCGGAUAAGAAAGCCGCUGAGGACAAGUGCAAGCAGGUGAGGUGCCCUCCGCUGGGCCGCCCCGGGCUGCUGGGCGUCCUCUCUGUGCGGAAGGCCGGGGUCCGGAGCCCAGUUGGGGGUCGCAGACACCUGCGGGAGGACAGGAGUCUGAUGCUUUGGCCAAGGAAGAGCGAGGGGACCAUUGCCUUCCUUGGAUGGGGUCCUGGGCUGGAAGGGGGGUGACGAUCGGACCCAUCCCCAGCAGGGCCAGUGCGAACAAAGUGGAGGAGGAGCUGACGCACCUCCAGAAGAAGCUAAAAGGGACAGAGGACGAGCUGGAUAAAUAUUCUGAAAACCUGAAGGACGCGCAGGAGAAGCUGGAGCUCACGGAGAAGAAAGCCUCCGAUGCUGAAGGUGAUGUGGCCGCCCUCAACCGACGCAUCCAGCUCGUUGAGGAGGAGUUGGACAGGGCUCAGGAACGACUGGCCACGGCCCUGCAGAAGCUGGAGGAGGCAGAAAAAGCUGCAGAUGAGAGUGAGAGAGGAAUGAAGGUGAUAGAAAACCGGGCCAUGAAGGAUGAGGAGAAGAUGGAGAUUCAGGAGAUGCAGCUCAAAGAGGCCAAGCACAUUGCGGAAGAGGCUGACCGCAAAUACGAGGAGGUAGCUCGUAAGCUGGUCAUCCUGGAGGGUGAGCUGGAGAGGGCAGAGGAGCGUGCGGAGGUGUCUGAACUAAAAUGUGGUGACCUGGAAGAAGAACUCAAGAAUGUUACUAACAAUCUGAAAUCUCUGGAGGCUGCAUCUGAAAAGUAUUCUGAAAAGGAGGACAAAUAUGAAGAAGAAAUUAAACUUCUGUCUGACAAACUGAAAGAGGCUGAGACCCGUGCUGAAUUUGCAGAGAGAACGGUUGCAAAACUGGAAAAGACAAUUGAUGACCUGGAAGAGAAACUUGCCCAGGCCAAAGAAGAGAAUGUGGGCUUACAUCAGACACUGGAUCAGACACUAAACGAACUUAACUGUAUAUAAGCAAAACAGAAGAGUCUUGUUCCAACAGAAACUCCAGAGCUCCGUGGGUCUUUCUCUUCUCUUGUAAGAAGUUCCUUUUGUUAUUGCCAUCUUCGCUUUGCUGAAAUGUCAAGCAAAUUAUGAAUACAUGACCAAAUAUUUUGUAUCGGAGAAGCUUUGAGCACCAGUUAAAUCUCAUUCCUUCCCUUUUUUUUUUUCAAAUGGCACCAGCUUUUUCAGCUCUCUUAUUUUUUCCUUAAGUUGCAUUUAUUCCUAAGGUAGGCAGGGUAUUUCCUAGUAAGCAUACUUUCUUAAGACGGAGGCCAUUUUGUUCCUGGGAGAAUAGGCAGCCCCACACUUUGAAGAAUACAGAACCCAGUAUCUAGUCGUGGAUAUAAUUAAAAUGCUGAAAACCAUAACCUUUUGGGUCACCUGUUGGUCAAACUAUAGGAGAGACCAAGGACCAUCACAUGGGUAGGGAUUUUCCAUCCAGAGCCAAUAAAAGGGCUGGUGGGGGCCAGGGGUGGCUAUUGUGGUAAGUCAUAACCCACAGAUAGAUUAACGUAAGAAUCCUGGCCCUUCUCCACUCUCCAGCAUGCAGAACAAACAUCCUCUCAAGCAGUCAAUGUAGAAUGCUUGGGAAAUAGUCAUAAUUACCCACACAUAGUAAUUCAUAGAUGGUAAUUAAUAGAUCCUUGAUGUGAUGUUCUUUUGCAUAUUUCCUUCAUUCUAAAGUUGUUCUCUGGCCGGGCGCGGUGGCUUUCGCUUGUAAUCCCAACACUUUGGGAGGCCAGAUCACUUGAGGUCAGGAGUUCGAGACCAGCCCAGCCAACAUGGUGAAACCAUGCCUCUACUAAAAAUACAAAAAUUAUGGUGACGCCUGCCUGUAGUCCCAGCUACUCAGGAGGCUGAGGCAGGAGGAUCGCUUGAACCCAGGAAGUAGAGAUUGCAGUGAGCCGAGAUCGCACCACUGCACUCCAGCCUGGUCGACAGAGUGAGACUCCAUCUCAAGAAAAAAUAAAAAUUAAGUUGUUCUCUGAAGAGCAAAUGUCUCAUUCCAGUAAUGAUCCACUCAGCAGGAAUAUGGUGGAGUUCAGUCCAAUUCAGAUCAGCCAUAUCCAAAAGACUACAAGUCAUUACUAAGUUGAGCAAAAGAGUUUUUAUCCAUUAGCAGAAAGGGCCUCUCUGGCAGCAGAGAUUAAAACUUGGCCCGACUUCAUUUCCAUACUUCAGGGAAUAGCAAAUUGAAGAUUUACUUAUCUAGGACUUGGAAUUUCUUCUUUGGGACCAAGUUAAUAAAAGACCAAGAAACUCCUGAUUAAACUGGAUAAUGAAGGAUUCUGUAGACAGGGCUGCACGUAUCGGCUUUGUUUGACUUCUCUUUUCUCAGUUAACAUCUCAGAGCUGGAACAUUCCACAUUCCCCAGCAGCGUGUGGGGGCUGACUAAAGUUUACAAUUCCGACUAAAAAUCACCCUGCUUCUGGCUUAUCUGAAUCCCUUACCCACCCCACCCUACCACCCCACUCCUAUUUAUUCAGCACCACACUACCCAGGAAAUACACUAGCAAAUUGUGCAAUGGAAUAAAAUCCACACUUUACUUUAGAUUCUUGCAACUGUAUCAUAUGUAAUAGUAUCACUUUUUCUACAUUUUGGUCAAAUAAAUUUUUACAUAAACUACAA